AGCAACAUCCAGCAGGCAGCAAUCAACAUUACUCAUUACUCAUUAGCAAUAUAAGAAAAAAAUUGUGAAGGGCUUUGUUUCCUUAUGUGUUUUUUUAAUACUAUAAAUUAUAAAUCUGGCUGAUUUAUACUUGGAUAUGCAUUGUUUUUAAAUCGAUCAUCAAUUCAAACAAUUGCUGUAGUAUACGAGUUAAUCGAAUACAUGAGAAAUCGAUCUGUCACAAAUGAAGAACUUGUUUUUUCAAUUUUAUUAAGCUGAAUUGAAAUAUAAUUUUGUGAAAAAAAAAAUUAAAAAUGACUGUGAUGUCACAAGAAGAAAUGAUGGUCGGUAUUAAAACAGUAGCCCAAGGGUUAGAAGCAUUAAAGAAUGAGCUGACAGCUUCAAAUAACCCUUCGGGUCAAAGUAAUAUGCAGCCAGAAGAAAAACAAUCAAUGCUUCAAAAAACUUUAGAUAUGACUGAAUUGGGCUUAGGAGAAGCUCAAGUCAUGUUAGCUUUAGCGUCUCAUCUUCAAAAUGUUGAAGCAGAAAAACAAAAAUUGAGAACUCAAGUUCGUAGGCUGUGUCAAGAAAAUGCAUGGCUUAGAGAUGAAUUAGCAAAUACACAGCAAAAACUACAAGCAUCAGAGCAAGCUGUUGCACUACUGGAUGAACAAAAUAAACAUCUGGAGUUUAUGGCAUCUAUUAGCAAAUUUGAUGCUGACAAGACUGAAGAUCAGACUGAAAAUAAACAAGAAAAAUCUAAAAAUGAUGAUCCUGUGGUUGACUUGUUCCCAGAUGAUGACAAUGAAGAGAGAAAUACAUUAUCACCCACACCACCUUCACAAUUCGCUCAACAAGUUAAUGCUGGAGCUGGAUAUGAAAUUCCUGCUCGUUUAAGAACAUUGCAUAAUUUGGUUAUACAAUAUGCAUCACAAGGAAGAUAUGAAGUUGCUGUACCAUUGUGCAAACAGGCGUUGGAAGAUUUGGAAAAAACUUCUGGUCAUGACCACCCAGAUGUUGCUACCAUGUUGAAUAUUUUAGCACUUGUUUAUAGAGAUCAAAACAAAUAUAAAGACGCAGCCAAUUUGUUAAAUGAUGCUUUAGCAAUUCGUGAAAAAACUUUAGGAGAAAACCAUCCUGCAGUUGCAGCAACAUUAAAUAAUUUGGCAGUUCUCUACGGAAAAAGAGGUAAAUAUAAAGAUGCUGAACCAUUAUGUAAACGAGCUUUGGAAAUUCGAGAAGCUGUACUAGGCAAAGGACAUCCAGACGUAGCAAAGCAAUUAAAUAACUUAGCACUUCUUUGUCAAAAUCAGGGUAAAUAUGAAGAAGUAGAACGCUAUUAUCAAAGAGCUUUAGAGAUAUAUGAAAAAAAACUGGGCCCUGAUGAUCCAAAUGUUGCAAAAACUAAAAACAACUUAGCAUCAUGUUAUUUAAAACAAGGUAAAUACAAAGAAGCAGAAAUACUGUACAAGCAAGUGUUGACAAGAGCCCACGAAAGAGAAUUUGGAACAAUUGAUGGGGAUAAUAAACCAAUAUGGCAAGUUGCUGAAGAACGAGAAGAAAAUAAAAAUAAAAGUACCGGCACUGCUCCAUAUACGGAAUACGGUGGUUGGCACAAAGCUGCUAAAGUUGAUUCACCAACAGUGACCACUACACUUAAAAACUUGGGAGCACUUUAUAGAAGACAAGGAAAAUAUGAAGCAGCUGAAACUCUUGAAGACUGUGCUUUGAGGUCUCGCAAAGAGGCAUUUGAUAUUGUAAAACAGGCUAAAGUUGCACAAAUCCUCAGUGGAUCGAACAGUAGUGUGAAUAGUAAUGAUAGGAGAAAUCGAUCAAGUCGUUUAAUCGGUUCUCGAGAAUCAUUGGAGUAUGAUACUAGUUCACCUGGAACAAAACUAGAUGAGAAAUCUGGAACAGAUGGUCAACAGAAGUAGAGUUAAAACACAAAAUAAUUAUUAUCUACUUGAUAUUCCACUACAUUAAUUUACACUGCUUCGGCUAAUGAAACAAUCUUUAAGACACAAGACGUGGAAAGGUCAAAUGUUUCACAUUAAAAAAUAUAUAUAUUUAUAUUAUAUAUAUAGUAUUAUAAGAUUAAGUGCAAUAAUAAUAUAAUUUACAAUACUAGGGAAAUGACCCUCAACUGAUCAAACAACACUAAGCUAAAAAUUACAUUUUACUUUAAAAGAAAAAAUAAUUAACUUUUUUAAGGUUUUUUUGCCUACCAAACAUUUUGCAAGAAAUCUAGUGAGUUCAACCAGUAUUUUUAAAUUAUGAUUUGUUCCUUUUGUUACUAUUUCUUUAUAAAAACUUUAAUUUAAAUGACAAAUAUUGUAUUGAAAUAAAACAUGCUUAGUAUGUUUCAAUCCAAUUAUUUAGAUAACCAUGGUUUCAAUACUUACAGUGUAGUGCAUGUUUUAAGAUUACAACAUACAUAAUUUUUGGUGUGGUUUUAUAAAUUAUUGUCAGGACUACUAUGUAUUGUGAUAACAUGUGAUACAUUUUUUACACUUAAAGGUUAUAUGACUUCUUGUGUUAAUGUAUCAAUUAAAUAUAUUGAACUGAUCAUGUCAAAAAGUAUAACAUAAUAAAUGUCACUACUUAAAAUAUUAACAUUCCGCCACUACCAACUAUUUAAUUGUUAAUACACUUUUUUUAAAAUAAUAGCUAUUAAAUUAU